GAUGCACAGUUACAUUCGGCAUUACCGCAUUGCUGAGGUGAACAAGCUGUACCAUCUAGAGGGACAACCCUAUGCCUACCUCGACUCCAUCAUCUUGUACCACCAGAAACACAAAUUGAAUGGAGCUAAACUAAGAAAACAGGCAUACCUAAGUGCCAGAGUUGUCCGGAGCUUUGCUCACAAAGUUGCAAGGACCAAUGGGAACCAGAACGCUUGGACCAAUCAAAAUGGCAAUGCACAUAAUCCGCAGACACUAGAGUUGUCUGUCCCUGGACAUUCUCGGACCAGCUCCCAUGCGUCUCUGCUGACCAGUUCUUCUGCCUCCACCACAGACAAAAGACAAAGGCUUUGAAGAAUAAGAAGUUGUGUCUUUUGACUUUAGAAGCAUGAUCCGUUAUAGGCCUACAGGCGGAUUAUGAGCAUUUAAUAGGAAUUCACGCUUUCUGCCAAUUAGGUUUAAUGAUAGAGGAUGACAAAUCCAAUUAUUUAUUUAUUUUUAGAAAUUUUAAUUCUUAAUUGAUUCCUUUUUAUAUACCAAAAUUAGAACAUUGGCAAAAUGUGAGACAACCUACAUAAGCUUAUAAGUAUUUGUGAGGUGUUCUGACAGAAUGAGUUACUUCUCGGAUUUCAGCCUAAUGGAAAUUGAAACACCAACUUUAUAGAUGGAGUUUGUACAGUUUGUAAGUAUGGAAUAAAAGUAAAAGGCACAGUAAACUUGAAGAAAAUGGCGUCAAUUGAAAUAAAUCUAUUAAUCUGACCCCAGUAUCGAUUUUUGGCCGAUAUAUUCAUUCUUGGAUAGCGAGAAGUAACUCAUUUUGUCAACUUGCCUCACAUUUAUAUUCAUUAGGAAGAACAGUAGGCCCUAUUGAGGUUUCCAGGCAAAAUCUGAAAUAACCAUCCUUGCAAGGUCUUAUCUACUGAGGAAAAUGGCACCCUUGGCAAGCAUUGAAACUGCUCCCAUGUCCAAAGUUUCAACUCUUAUAUAUUAUUACAUGUAUUUUAUUUUUGGCUAGUUUACUGGGGUACAAGUUCAAGUGUAAGACUGAACAUGGCUCUGAUGGUUGAGAGGACACCACCCCCUUUUGCAGUGGAGAGCACACUCUCAUUUUUAUGUGUGUGAGGGGUUGGGGGGGGGGGGGAGGGUCUUUUUCUGUUCAGGGCCAAUGUUUGAGGGGUUUUUUUUUCAAUUAGUUUGCCUCCCGACCAUCCUGUAUCAUAGUCUUUAUUACCGUAUAUUUAAUGCAAUUGUUAGGUAGUGAACUAUCUUUGGGGCAAAGCGUAUGAGCAAAGAUUGUUGUAAAAGAUCUUUUACUCUAUACUAUAAGGACAUAACGGACAAAUAAUUUUGUUUGAUCAACAGCAAUGUUACGGCCCAUUUUGAAGUACAAAUCAGAAACAGAAACACUAAUAAUUUGUACAUGUCAUAGUAUACCUGUUAUAGCAUUUAAGUUUCUAAUUAAGAAAACAGAACUGAAAAUCUUUUUAAAUACUGAAGUUAUCUUUUGAAGUUCCACAAGACAGCUUGUUUCCGUAUGUUGUCAAUUAUCCACAAUGCACAUCCUCAAUGAAUAAAUUGAGAAAUAAAACAAAAAGGUUCUUAUAUCAAUCAGCUCUGGUCGCAAUAUUUUGCUACCAUAGAAUUACAAAAUUCUAUCUGUUCAGAACUUAGUUUUGAGAAGUCUGACGUCAUAAAUUUUGAGUUUCA